AUGUCAGAGACACAAGUCAAUGGCGUUGUUAUCACGGACCAGAAACCUGGAAGACCAGAAGACAGCCGCGCUGCUCUUGUCGAACAAAUGACCAUUGAAGAUGGCCCUGAAGAAGUGGAAAUCGAGGACGAUCGUGAGAAAUGGGGAAAGAAGCUCGAUUUCAUGCUCUCGUGUAUUGGGUAUGCAGUGGGUCUUGGAAAUGUUUGGAGGUUUCCAUACUUGUGCUAUGAGAAUGGUGGAGGUACGUAUCAGUUUAUAAGAUCAGGUUAUCGAUAUCAGUUCUGACUGAGCAGCUUCUAAACAAUGACAUUCUAAUGUGAAGUUACUGUGCUUUGUGCUUACAGUAUAUUGCGUAAGAAGCGAAUCGUGUAAAUAUAGCUGGGCUGCAAACCAAGUCAUUACGCCCCUGUUACUUCGCCCCCUAUUCUAGAACGAGGAAUAUUAUAUUUGAAGCGAGCCUUUUUUGGUUUAUGGCUUUAAAAACGAGGAAUAUUGAUGUGGAGCGCGCUUGUUUUGCUUUAUGGCUUAUAGAACGAGUUGAAUGUGCUAAGCCUCGUAGAGCCAGUUACCGCCAAAAACAUGUAAACAUGAUGCGAAUUUCGAGAACGAUCGACCGUCGAAAGCCUUUGCGGCAAACGGCCACACUUCAUGCAUUUUUAUAUGCAGUAUUGUAAUGCACAAAAACAAUGCUAUAAUCUGCAUUACAUAAUUACAGUUUAAUGUCGCCAUUUCCCAUUGUGUUUAUUCUACUUUCAUUCUGAAUAUUCUGAGAUUUAAUUUCGCCUUGGCGCUGACUGAGGUGAAAAAAUGUAUACGAUCAAGAUAUGAUCGAUUGACGGGUAUCUCAGCCAUGUUCAGUCUGUGAGUUCCGUACUAGUCGUACUGUACGCGAAAAUCCUUCUUAUCUAGCAGCUUCUAGCCUUAUUUAAGACUGGUUCUCAUUUGCCGACGACCUUCAAUGUUCACGUACAGGAAAUUCAUAUACCGAGGGAAAUAAGACACGAGACAUCGCCUUUCUUUUAUUACGUUUUUAUUGAUUUGUUAAAUUACCCUGCGGCAUCUCGGAGGAGUUAGUUUCCAUCUAGCUUAAUUCUACUCUCUGCUGUUGCUUUGUAGGGUAAAAAUAAUAGCCAAAGCUUCUAAUUUACAGAGGAAGUGCCAUUGGGAUUUUUUUUCUUUUUACGUGAAGGCCACCUCAUUUCUGUCAUUAACAAAUAUGCAAACUCUUCGCCUGGUGUCACUUUUUGGCAGGCUGAUCUGUUUCUGCAGGUGAACUAAUUUCGAAGGCCAUCGCCCCUUUUUAACAGAGAGAUUGUAUAAACAGUGGGCAACUUGCCAUCUUUGACAUCUUUCAACAAAAUAUCCCACACUAAGGCCGUUCUCACCCCUUCUCACACAUUAUUUCCAAAUGCUUGAUUUCGCCUAUAAUAUAAUUGCACCUAAACAAUGAAACAUGAUCGCAACGAUUUUUAGCGGCGACUCAUGAUCAGCAAGCAGUUGUAUGGUCAGGACACCACGCUUCGAAGUAGUAGGGAAAAGGCAAAAAACAGGGUGAAACGUCUAAAAGGAGCUAUGUCUCUGGAUGUAAUUCUUUUUAAAGAUUUUUUCAGCAGUCUGGAAUGAUAUAAGAAAUAAAAUCAACGGUAUCAUACUACUGAGAAACCGGCUCAUAAGAUGUACUUGCACCGCUUACCUAGAUUAAGUUUGCUGCACAAAAAGAAUGGUGGAAGGCAGACAGUUUCGAUUCUUACUCUGCAACUGGCUUCAAACAUCCUGGAAACUGUCGGACUGUUGAAUUUAAACUUGACCUUGCACCCUCCGUAGUCUCCAUACGUGACUACCUCAGCCAAAUCUCGAGUGGAAAGAACACUCGAGGAUUCAACGUCACCAAGUAUCAAAACGUCUGUAUGCAAAAGUAAUAAUGACUACUGACAUCUAGAAAGAUCAACUGUCUAGGAUGGUGACAACAUCGGAAACGACAGAAUCGCCCGGUCCCGCCCGGUAUUGUACGACGCAGGGUGAUCAAAGUAUAGGAAGUAAGCUGCGUUCCAUUUAUCGAGGCCACAAAAUAAAUAUUUAUAUCUAGAUUUCGUAUGGCUGUAAAAAAAAAGAGAGAAUACGAGUCCGCCCCGCCCCCAGAAAAAAAAAUCAGAAAAGAGGGGUCCUCUGACCGAUUUUCUCAGUGGCAGUGAUCUUCGCCUCAGCCCACUACUUCCAAGCGCCUGCUACGCAGGCUACCCCAGCUCCAUGGUAACCGUUUGGGGCGUUUUAAAAUGAUGUCAAGUCUGCCAUUUUAGUGUCUCAAAACAAUAAAACCGCGGUCAUGUUGAUGUCCCAAACCAGUCCGUUGGGAGUUGAACGUUUUUCUUGUGUAAAAACGGUCUUUUGUUCCGAUAAAUUUGCAUAGCCGCUUGUCACGUCACAGUGUCCAGAGGAGAUGUGUUUGUCGUUAGAACAUCAAAACUCGUCGAAAACCUCUGAAAAAAUGGGUUAUUUUGUUCGCGUUACAGUUUCGUUACACAUUCUAUAUACCGCAAACCAAAAGACUCAGGGCUCGCAAGAUCGACUUAUGAUUUUCAAAAUGGCGAACAACAAAGAUCUGGGUCAGACAAGGAAGAAAGAAAAAACAGCCGCAGUAUUAUUACCAAAGCCAUCUAAACUUUUUCUAGUACAGGGUUAUGCAGAUGGCAAGCCUCUGAGAUGACUGACCCAGCCGAUUUGAUUCAAGCAUAAGAACGUAAUCACACUGCUAAAUGCUUCCAAGACAACAAACACUUCUUCGCACAGACUGCGGCAAUGACUGCCUACCGUUGUGGCAUCAACCCCUCACCCUUCUCCCCUUUCCCCUCCCCUUUCCCCCCUUCCCCCCCUUUCCCCGCUUUCCCCUUCCCCUCCCCGAAUUAAAAAUUCUCUCUCUUUUCUGGAUUAAAAGGGAAACUCGAGAAAUCAAAUGUAUUUGGAUAAGUUCAGUGUGCUCAACCUAAUUGUAUUAAAUUACAUCCUCUUUGGAAUGCAAUAGUGUGUCUUGUCUAUAAUUAUGAAUUGAAUCGUUUAACUGUCAAAUAAAAAAAAGUGGCUAUGAAAGUUUUUGGAUAGAGGUCAUGAAUUUGCCUAAUCCGAUGUAUGAUCUACUCAAUAACUUUCAGAAGGCCGAAUUCUUCAAAGGGGCGCCCUUUUGCGAUGAACAAGAUAGACAAGGGUUAGCCCAAAAAUAAUUCCGUUAUAGCAAAGCGAAACGUUUUAUUGUGUCCUUGCUUAUUAGUCCUAUUUACAUUUAACUGACGUGGACAUCGAAAAAGUUAAGUUACUUAAGGAAUUAGAUAUAUUUAUAUUUUGUCGCAAGAGAGAAUGAGCUAGCUCUUUCUCUCUUGAUUAUCAAUGAAUUUUGAUUUCUUCAAAAAACGAACUUUCAUCUGGCAACUGUGUACAGCUACCGUAUUUCCUCGAAUAAUCGUCCCCGAUUAUUCGAGGGAGGCGAUUAUUUCAAAUAUUGCUCACUGGAAGUCGUGUCCUAAAUAUUUUGUUGUAUUAUCCCAUUAAAUCAGAAAAUGAUCACUUCAAAUAAACUGAACUUGGGCUUUUUAAGUGUUCCAAAUUUGGUUACUUGAUAAAUUUUCAAUGUCAAUAUCCUCGGUGUCAGAGCUUGGAUCGCCACUGGUCAGUUUUGCUGGAUCGGAUUCCACUCUCAACUUGACAGGGAGGGGAUAAAAGAAAGAGAAGAUGGCGAGAGGGGUGGGGAGGGCAUUGAUAGAGGGACGGCUAUUAUUCCAGAAAAUCUGAUUGACUCAGUUGCCAAGAAAUUAACGUAAAAACACAAAAGCACAAAUGCGCAAAUGUGGCUCUGAGUAUGCCUAAGUCAUUAUCCAGCUUAUAUCGCCGCCGAGUGCUACGUAAUUUCUUUUAGCUACUAACUUGUUAUUUUUUAUUUUUUAUCAUUAUUUUUGGUGGGGAAUACUGUUUUUGAUCGUCAUGUUUCUCGCAUCUCCGUUUCGAACACUUUUAAUAUUCUAUGGAUCACUGUACUUGUACACGACGUGUCAGUCAGUAAGGGAGAGAUCGAGAGAGCUGGCAUGGUUCUUUUGAGCCGGGCUUUUGAGCGACGCGUUCAACGGGUUGAAGUUGAACGGGUCUCAAUCACAGGAUGCAGAUCUUGGCAAACAAAUAGGCCAGUUCUCUACCUUUUGUAUCUUUACAUUGGCUGAAUUAUAGUCUUUUGGAACCGACGGAGCUGACAUGGUUCGUUUGAGCGAUGCGUUGCGAGACUUGUUAAAGGUUUGAUUGAUGCUAAACGGCACCAAAUCACAGGACGCAGAUCUUGCUAAACGAACAGGGUUUCCUUCUUUUUUCUGUAAACUUACGUUCCCUGGAUCAAGGGAAUUUUUUCGUUUGACGAAUUUCACCGCCUCUGUUGCACUGAGAGUUGUUGGUUUUCUUAUCCGUAGCAUCUCGAGCACAGCGUUCCUAAAACGGUGGUCUCUGUAGCAGUAAAUUAAAGGAUUAACUAAAGAAUUUAAAAACAGAAGUGAAUCCGAUAACUUCCAGGCAAAGCGUGUAUGAAGGGCUGGAUAAACUUUUUCCAAUAUGAUGACAAUCACACCUGGGAAGAAAGAAAGAAUCAGGGCGAUGGUAACCACAGCAGUCGUCAUUGCAACUCUGUUUUCGAGUUUUGCUUGUAUCAACGCCUUGACUUGGUGAAUUUGAUUUAACUUGCGUUUGCGAACCCCAAGGUAGAUCAUAAUGUAAACAAACACAAUCAGAACAAGGAUACACGCUAUCAAAACACCCCAACCGAUGCUAAGGAUGGUGUUGGCUAAAGCCAGGGUCGUUGUAUCCUCUCCAACCGCUGCCGUCAUUAUUUCCCUGAUGACAUAUUGAAAGCAUUGAGCUACUACCGCUAUAACCCAUGCUACUAUCGCCAUCUUUUGUAAUCGGCUUCUAGUCACUAUAGUUUUGUAAUCGGCCUAUCUUCGUAUAGCUAUGUACCGCUCCCAUGCAAUCAUUGUCAGAUGGAUAAGAGAGCAAAAUGACGAACUGAACAUCAGCAUAUAAGCAACCAAGUUUAUCAAACAAUAAUGCUGGACUACCAGUAUUUGAUAGGGAAGUAACAGUCCAACUAAAGCAGAUGGAGGGGGUCAUCUAGGCCCUGAGAUAAUGGGGAACCGGGUCUCAAAAUAAAUUUUUUUCGGCCCUUCUGGCCUCAGUUUGGUCUAAGAAUUAGGGCCCGGGCGCCCGGGUCCCUCCCCUGGAUCCGCCACUGCAGUGCAUGUGAAAAGGGCAAGAACUAUCAGCUGAUAUUCUUUUUUCAGUUAAUCUUGUACUUAUGCUUUUCCUCUUUCACGAUUUAGUAUUUUUCGCGUUUUAUUCAUUCUAAAUUAUUUCAGGCCCUAGAGUGCGUCAUUCCUUCGCUCAGUACGCAAUUUUACUGACGAAAAACAACCCGAUUCAAGUACCAUAAGAAAACAGAACAGCUGCUAAGCUGCAAAGGAUUCAAAAUAAAUGACCACAUAUACCUAAAGGCUUUAUUUUUGAAAGGAAGGAAAAGAAUAAAGAAACAUUUACGAAAAAAAUGCAAAAUAAAACUGAUCAAGGCAGGAUAAAAGGGCGCCAGAGAACAUCACCAUCGAAUUGGAACGCUCAUUGCACUGAAACUAGCCAUCGAUAUAUUAAAAUUCAUACUUGGCUCCGAGGUUUGGGGUAUAAAACAAAAUGUUAAAUAUAUUAUUCAUUGCUGAGCCUCAAGAUGAUUUCUUUUGUUUUAUUUCCCCAAGCCUCGGAGCCAGGUAUGAAUUUUAAUAUAUCGAAUUUGGUCCAUUAAAAAUCAUUUCACUCAUGUACAGCGUGAUAAACGCAUCGUGGUGAAUUGCCACUGUGUAGAUUACAUAAUUAUAUUCGAAUAAAUUAUCCUAUACGGCAUAUUAAUGCACAAUAACACCGGAAAAUCCUAGCGAAGUUCUAAAGAGUUGUCAGUUAUUAUUGUUAUGAAAUUAUUUCCCAUUAUUGCUCGUUUUCGAAUUGUCAGAAAUCGUCAGUGUUUUGUUAAUCAUUUUUCUGCAAGUAAACUAAUUAAAAACUUACUAAUCUUACUACGCGAACGUACCACCAAAAAGGUAUCUUUGAAUACACAUCAACAUAGUAUUUUGUCCACUUUGGACUUGGGCCGGAAAAUUGCUUAAUAAAUGAUUCGCGUAUAUUCAUACAGCACAUAAGCUACUAAAUGAAGGUGAAUUGCUUCAUAUUAAAACGGCUGAUUCCGGAUCGACAGGUUUUGGCAAACUAGCGGCUAAAUCUGCAGUAUAAUGAAUUUUUCCUCUUGUACUCUAAAAGUGGCCAUGAAAACGUUGUCAUAUGGUCUCCGUACAAAUUUUCGCCAAUUUUAUUUAUGGCAACAAUCAGUUGAUUGAUAGUAAACAAGUAUUUGUGUUCUUCAUGAUUUAUUCAUACUAUAGAUUGUUUGGGUGCAUAAAAAAAGACACGGACUCAAUCAAAAAUAUCUGUUUAAGCCCUUAAAAUAAGGCCGUCCCGGAAAGUAAAUUAUAUGAACUCGCAAGCUAAAUCACAGGAUGCAGUUGUUGGCAAACAAAUAGGCCAGUCAGUUUUUACCUUUUGUACCUUUGCAUUCGCCGAGCUACUAUCUUUAGGAAGCGACGGCGCUGAUAUGGGUCUUUUUAGCGAAGUGCCCAAUGACCUAAGAUGAGCUCGAUCUAAGCUGAACAGGGCUAAAUUACAGGAUUGGGACCUUGCUAAACGAACCGGAUUGUUUGCUUUCUCUAUCCCUACGUACUCCGGACCAAGUAAAUUGUUUUGUUUCACGCAUCUCACCUCUUCUGUUGUAAGAACUGUUGGUUUUCUGAUCCUCAACAUCUCGAGCACUGCUUUCUUAAAACGGGGAUCUCUAUAGCAGUAAAUUAAAGGAUUAACUAAAGAAUUUAAAUAAAGAAACGAGUCCGAUAUACGCCACGCAAAACGCGUACGAAGGACUGGAUAAACUCGUCCCAGUGUACCGACAAUCACAUGAGGGACGAAAGAAAGAAUCAGAGCAAUCGUAACCAAAGCAGUCGUCAUUGCAAUUCUGUUUUCGAGUUUUGCUUGUAUCAAUACGCUGACUUGGAGAAUCUGAUUUAGCUUGCGUUUGCGAACUCCAAGGUAGAUCAUGAUAUAAAAAACCACAAUCAGAACUAGGAUACAGGCUAAAACACUGGCGCUACCGGUGACAAGGAUGGUUACCGCUAAAGCCAGGGCCGUUUUAUCCUUGCCAACAGCUAUUGGCAUAACGACGAAUAGACAGAAUUCACCUACGAGCACUGUACCCCAAGUUAAAAUUACCAUCCUUUUCAAACGGCUUCUAGUCACUAUAGAUUUGUAAUCACUCCAUUUUCGAAUGGCUAUGUAUCGCUCCCAAGCAAUCAUUGUGAGAUGGAUAAGCGAGCAAAACGAUAAACCGAACAUCAGCAUUGAAGGUACCAAGUCCAUCAAACAAAAAAGCUGGACAGCCACUAUUCGAUAGGGAAGUAACAAGGCAACUAAAGCCGAUAAAGGGACACCAAUACCACCUAUAAGAAGGUCUGAAAAUGCCAUACUUGAAAGAAGGAUAUAGGAAAGUCUCUGCCGCAGUUCCAUCUUUUGCUUUACUGCUAAGAUUGUUAAUGUGUUCAACAGAAAUGCGAUGGGAGCGGUUAUAGUUGCAAAAGCAGCAAAAAUCCAAGGAGAAGUUGUGUCAUGUAGGUCGAACGCCACACCUGGUCCGUGUGUCGAGCAAUAAAACACUGAGCUGGUGGUGUUGGAAAAGGCUGUCGAAGCUGCUUGUUCUUCCCCGUUUCGGUCCAUAAUGAUAUAACGCUGUUCUCAACUGUUUUCUUAGAGGCCUAUUCUGAAUUCGAGCUACCGUUGUAUCUCGGUAAGCGUCCCAUUCUCGCAAAGCGUGAUUUUGUGGCUGUUGUUCAGGAAUGAUGUUAAGAAAUAAGCUUACGGACUUAGGUCUGACUGAUCAGUACAGUACGUGCUCCUCUUUACCUCGAAGAAAAUCAUCUUCAGUGGGCUGAUACCUCAGUUGUUUUUCACUAAGUCAAGUUCCUACGCUUUUGCCCUUCAUUCAUAGUGUUUUUGUCUCAGUGUUGAGUCAUUUGACGUUUAUGUCGCCUCACAAUUGUAAGAAAACAACUAGAUUUCAAGAGCUUGGGAAAUAACAGCUGCUAUACGCUGCAACAGAUCGAUUCAAAUGUUAAAAUAAUUUUCACACACCCAACUCUUAUGAUGGUAAAAGGAGGAAAAUAAUCGAUCAAAAAACAACCAAUCAAAGCAAAAAUAAGGAUCGUGGGAAAUUCCAUUUGAAUAACCACGCGGCAGCUAAGAAUUGAUUCUUCUACGGCAUAAUUAACACUGAGUCUGCUUAGUCACCGGAACAUCGUAGCUAUCAAAGCGUUUUUCUUCUCCUCGUCCUUUUUGUUGUUGUUGUUGUUUGUUUAUUGUUGUCAGGCUUCCAACAUCAACUGUUCGAUUAGAUGUAUUUUUAAUUUUGCUCCUAACAAAACUUCAAAAUGUCCCUGUCUUCUUCGCGUUAAGCUAAAAAUUUAAUGUCCUUCGGUUUUCCCCCUAUACAUUAAAUGAGGAAUAAUUAGAAAAUAAGGUAGAAGAGGGGGCACUUUCUAGGUGUUCUACCAAUAAAAUCAUAUUUUUACUUUUAAUUAUCUUUUCUUUCUAUUUACUUCAUUUUAUUUAUUAUUUUUUUCGUAGUAAGUUAACUGCACUUUGGGUCUUCCCCCUUCUCUCUACCCCCUCAUGGCACUGUUCCCUACCAGUCCCGUCUCCGGUAGGGGACGUGAAAAUGAUGUCCUCCAUUAGUACUUUCGUACCAAAUAGUUUGACAAUCAAAUGAAGUGCAUUAUUUUAUUUUAUCUUAUUUAUUUUUAUUUUUGGCAGCAACCUUCUUGAUUCCGUACUUCAUAAUGCUUGCUAUCAACGGAAUCCCUCUGUUUUACAUGGAACUUGCAAUCGGCCAGUACCUGAGUCUUGGAACAGUAGGAGCUUGGACAGCUCUCUGUCCCAUUGCAAGAGGUAUGUUGAACAGUGAAGAAAGCGCAGAAAUACGAUCAUAGAUGCCACGAUCUACACAACACCACGGGCAGACCACCCUCUGUUCGUCACUUUUUUGUCCUCACUAGAGGAAGUACAGAUGAACAUUACGGCGGCUAGAAUUUACUCCAAAAUACAGAUUAUUUUGAACUUCAAAGUUCAUUUGAAGUUCAAGUGAAAUGCUAACUUAGUCAUUUAUCAUGUUUUUUUCGCCGUCCCGAGCUGUUAUUUUGCUAGAUAAAUAUUUCAUAUGUCAAUAUAUGUCAAAUAUUUAUCUCGCAAAAUAACCGACGCUUUUUUUUUUACAUCAAAAGACUGGCGUUUGAAUUAAUGCAGUCCAACAUGUCGAAACCCCGUGAACACGUACGCAACAGUGUUGGAUGUUACAUGUUGCCUCCGUUUGCACAUCCUGUUGCAUGUCGUCUAGUCCCGUGCAAACGGAAGCAACAUUAUUGGAUGUUACAAUCUUGCGUCCGUUUGCACAGUACCCUGAUGCAUGUUGGUGCGUGUUGUUGUGCAAAGUUUGAAACCGGUUAAACAUUUGAACCAAUAACUCCCAACAUUUAUUUUGCUCCGUUAUAUCUCCGAAGCGUAGUGCAACGAUGUUGGAUCCGUUUGCACAGCUCUUCCAAUAUUGUUUGGGCCACGCACUCGCAUUAAACGUGAUCUCCAAAGUCUUAUGAGUUGUGUCCAACAUUGUUGGGAGUUGUUACAUCAGUUUGCACACCACUGCCGACAUGGACGCAACAACUCCCAUUGUUGUGUAGCUGAAAAUUUCUUCUCAACAGCGCGGUUCAUUGGUUACUUCGUGGUCACAUGACAUCUCACAUGAAACUGUUUCCCGCCAAAAUUCUGAGCGGGCAACAUUGCAAAAAAUCUAUGACGUCAGAGGGUAACAAUGCAAUGUUACCCGCGAAUGUUGACGGCUGAUUCGCAGUUACAGCGAAGUUUAAUGAAUUUCCAGCUUCAAAAUUUCCAGCUAUAUAAGACUGGUCCCUCGGGAAACAGUGAAUUUUGUUUCCCAACAAUUCGCCUCGGGAACAUUGAGAUUCUCGGGAAACAAAAUUAACUGUUUCCCUCGUGACCAGUCAUUAACUGUUUAAGGGUGAGUGGACCACACAGGAAUUUCGACUGUGGAGUGACCUAUCCAACUUUUCAUGUGCCGAAUCUAAUGCAUAAAUUACUAUAAUUUAUUUUGAAUGGUAAGCAUUGUAGAUCAUUCGGUACAUCAUGAAAUUGAAUUGACUUCGACUUAUUAAAUUCGACGUUUGUCAACCGUCGAACUUGUAUCAUUAAUUGGGUCGACUCAAAUACAUGCAUGAAGGGUAUUAAGUUCGGCGUAUGAAAAGUUCAACGUUUGAACUAGGCCUUAGAACUCUAUCCUGAGUUUACCGUUUCUCCUCAGGAAUUGGAUUUGCGAUGAUCAUGGUGUCUCUACUAGUGUCCAUUUACUAUAAUCUGAUUAUCGCCUGGUGUCUUCUCUAUAUGUUCGAGGGCUUCAGAAGCGACGUGCCAUGGAGAACCUGCGGUAACAAGUGGAAUACUAAACUUUGCCAGUGAGUGGUAGAUUCCUACUUCCUUAACACAGUACUGUAAGUUACUGAAAAAAUGCCAUAUAUAAUCAGAUAAAAUAGCAAUGACAAAAACCAUUGUUAGAAGUAUGCAAGUUUUUUAUUUUCUAUGAUUUGAAACAGCCUGCCGUUGAAACGUUUGGCUCCUAUAAGACCAAUCUCUCACAGUUUUAAUCCUAAAACCGGAAGUACCUAAUUCAUACGGCGUAUUCAUUCAUUCAUUCAUUUAUUUAUUUAUUCGUUUUACAGAGAAGGUUCGGUUAACGUGUCAGCCUUUAAUUGCACUGCACUAGGUUAUGCUGCUGGUUGCAAGAGUACUUCACCGUCCGAGGAAUUUUUCAAGUAAGUGUAUAGCGAUAUCGACAUUUGCUGGUUAAUGGUAGAUUAACUCCCAAACAUCCCUAGAAUGUACCCGAAUUCCGUGUUGAGCAGACUCUGUCUGCAAUCAUUUCAACCCCUGAGAGGCACCUAAACUCAGUUGAGAAGCAAAAACCUCACGCCAUUUUUCGGCUUCGAAAAGGUUCCGCGACAAAACAACAGUGGUGCUAAUCCACAAAUUUUACUCCCUAAAAGGCACGACCAACAUCCCCUUCAUUUUGAUAUGAGAGUAUACCCCCCUCACCCACCCACCACGAAUAAGCCCUGGUCAGAUUUGCAAAACGUCAAGAGCUCCACCCACUCCUUUUCCUCAUAUUACUACCAACACUCGAAGACACUUUCAUCAGUCUUUGUGCUCAGUAUAGUAACCUUUCCAAGACCACAACCGGUGCGAUAACUUCUAUUGAAAUGUUUUAAGGUAAUGCGGUGACGUUAUCACUCUAAUGCCUGUCAUUGUAAUAUGCUCUUCUUUACUCAGCCGUCACAUUCUUCAAAUAUCCGACAGUAUCUCUGAUAUGGGUAGCGUUAGCUGGCAAAUUGUCCUGUGCUUGGUUCUUGCUUGGAUCAUUGUCUACUUGUGUCUCUUCAAAGGAGUAGCGUCUUCUGGAAAAGUAAGUCAUGAUCAUUUAAGUGUACUACAAUUUUCAUAUUCCUCUAUUAUAAGGGAAUUCGAAUUCUGGAAUCCGGGUAAUGGUUGCUUGUGGAAUCCGGACCCUUGCAAAUUUUGGUUUGGAAUCUGCAAUAAAGCUUAUUGAAGAAAUCCGGCAACCCACUAAAGAUUGGAAACCGGAAUCCAGUACCCGGAAUCUGGAAUCCACGGCGUGGAAUCUCGAAUGCUAGACUGCCUUGGACUCCCUCAUGGGGCGAUAGAAUUAAAUACGUUGAAAAGGCAACAUAACUCUGUCUUUUAACUGGCGGUUUUUUGACAAGAGGUACUAUUUAUCAAUAACCCAGAGUCUCGAUACCUCACGGCUCGCAGAAGUAUAGUAACGAGCUGUGCCAAUUCUUGCUCAUUUGAUCAGCCGCAAAAUAUGGAAAUGUACCAUAAUCUCGUACCGAGAUCUCUUGUCGACGAAGAGAUCUGGGUACGAAAUUAAAUGUACCAGUUGCGCUGAGCUGCGCUGUUCUUUUUUCAUGAUGAUGAUGAUGAUUAUUAUUAUUCAAGCCAGUUUAAAACUUUAACUUACAAACUCAUCUUCCUUAUGUGUUCCCCAAGCUUAAACUUUCACCACACAUUUAAAUAUGUACCUAUCAACAUUCCAGUCCUAGUAAUAUACAGAAUGUUUGUCACAUGGACCUAGUCCUUGGUAGCCUUAGCUCCCAAGAGUCUCCUGUAGCUCAGUGGUAGACCAAAAGGACGGGUAACCAGAAGGACGUAGGUUCAACUUAUCUUGGGAAAACUCGGACUUUUUUCCGAGUCGCCUUUGUGAUUGACUGAAAAAGAAACGUCAUUUUCAAACUCAGCGGGCUUUUUGAUAGGUCUUCGGUCAGCUGUUUAACUAUUAAGCGAAUAAGGUUUGAAAUGGUUGUCGUUUAAUCAUUUUCAAUAAAAUAUCUUCAGUUUGAAACUUUUUUAGAAUACAAAGAAGCUCAUAUCCCUAUUUUGUUACUCAUUAUCAGCAAGCGUGAGCUAAUACGUCGUCAGAUUGAUUAAAGAGAACGAUAAUCUUAGUUCAGUAGUUAUUAAUAAACAGGCCCCUUGCUCCUUAUUUAUGAACGGAUUAUUGUAAGUAAGUGUUGCUGACGUUGCAGAAUUCCUCUUCAGUUAUAGUGUUUCUAUUUCUGUUGUUGUUUUUGUUUCUGUUGAGUGAUGUACAAUACUGUCACUUUAUUUCAGGUCGUCUACUUCACUGCCACCUUUCCAUACAUCGUUCUUUUUAUUCUUAUGAUUCGUGGAGCUACACUCGAUGGAUCAUUAGACGGAGUGCUCUUUUACCUCAAGCCAGACAUUGCUAAGCUUAAGGACCCGAGGGUAUGAACAUUUUUUUUUAAUCUUCCCUGAGUGUACAGCUGGUGUACUUUGUUAUAAACAGACUUAAGACGUGAAAGUGUUUAAGCUUCUUCGCUACUAUAUUCCGUAAUUAUUUCGUUUUUUGAAAGCGCGAAUUUCUUUGCAGUAGUUAAAAUCACGUGCCGCUAGAUAAUAAGCUAUACAUGCAGUAGUCAUUUUAUUCCUUCCAUUCUUUCAAUAAAAAUUUUUAUUAUGGGCCGAUUUUAAAACCUCACAGGGAAUAUCAGAUAUUUAGAUUUAUCAGAAGGGGGAAACAACAUAAAUUUAUGUAGCAGCAAAAGAGCCACGAACUCGAGAAAAUAGCCUUCAUUUGAACCUUUAUGUGCUACCAACUCUGCUAUCGUGAGCGACCACACCCAAUCAUGUCAUUGAAGCGGGAAGGGAGGAGUCGCUUACGGUACGUUUGGUUACUGUGUUACAUUACUGUAUUACAUUAAUCUCUAGGUCUGGGUUCGAGCAGCAUCUCAGAUUUUCUAUUCUUUGGGAGUAGGCUUUGGAUCUCUGAUUACCUUUGGAAGCUAUAACAAGUUCAAUAAUAAUUGUCAAAGGUACGGAAACACUACAGCUUGGUUUUCCUUGAUAUAAUCAAGUUCAAUAACAAAACAAAUUGUCAUACAGCUAUGUGCCGCCCCAACCGGUUGGGUUUUUGGGCCUUUUUGACCUGAAAUGUCCAUGUUGGUCUGAAAUCGGGCAUGGUUCUCGCGGGAACAACGGGAGCGUAUGAACGUAAUUAUCGUUUCAGUUCCAAAUGAAUAAGCAUGAAAUUCGAAGUGCAUUUGAAGAGAUUUUUUGCUUAUGCUCUAAUGUAAGUAAUGAUGACAUAUUAAACGGGUCUGGAAAAAACUGAAAACAGGAUUUUACGGUGGGCGUAAUGGAAGCUCGCAGCGACCUUUGUGAGAAGAAUCUUCGAAAUCUUUAAAACUCAGGUCCUUAUUUUAAGAAAUUUAUGAAGACAAAUUACACUUUGUGUUAAACAAUGUUUAUAAAAUUUUUGUUUUUAAUUAGUCUUCACCCAUUUUGAAAUCAUUUUGAAUUUCGAAAAAUUUCGUGACACGUCUCCUUUAAGCCUGGAUUUCAUAAAAUUUCAUAGUUCUGAAAGUUUUUCGAGAUCAGAACUGUUCGUGCAUCAUUAAUAAUUUUCAAAGGAAGUUUUGUUUGUCUUUUAGGCAUUUCUUCUUCGUUUUGAAGGUAAUCCGAAAUCUCAACAAAAGGAUCAUUAAAUAUCCAUACACACUAUCAAUAUAUGAAAGAGUAUACAUUCUAGCAAUAAAUCGGCAUCAAUUAAAAGAAUUAACUAAAGAUUUUUUGGUUUAUUAAAAAUUGAUUGCGGAGCGUGCGCGCAUUUUCAAAUUCAAGCGCUCACCAAGCUAUAGUGCGCGCGAGUCAAGCUAUAAUCUUCAGUCCGAUACUGCGACAUCACCAACGAUUCAGACAUACAAAUUUUUGUGUUUUCUACAGGGACGCCAUCCUUGUAAGCUGCAUCAAUUGCGGUACAAGUUUCUUCGCAGGGUUUGUCGUGUUCAGCGUGCUGGGAUUUAUGGCCCACGAGCUUAAGACUAGUGUUGGGGAAGUGGUAACGUCAGGUGAGCCUUGUCUGAACUACUUAAAUUUAAUGAACAUGUCACUGACAUAAUGGGGCUAAACAAGUUAUUAGCUGUAAUUGGUAUGCGCUCAGAUGCGUAGAUAGGAUUUUUCAAAGGAAAUAGGGGCACAUUGUGUGACACGCAGAGAACUUACUAGGUUGUCAAAUGUCGACAUAUACAUUGCACAAAUAGUAGUUGAAACUUUUAAAAUGGGAAGUUUUAAGGAGGAAGUAAACACAUUACGAAAAAUGAAAUAAUCCUUUCUCUUUUUGAACUAAAUGUCUGCCCCAAGCAUUCAUUUCCAACAUAAAAUCGCUAUAUUUCACAAAUUGAGCUGAAGAGUUUGGAGUAAUCGCAGAACGCAAUGCACCUUUUGUACGUUGUUAUUGUCAAUGUCGCGCGCAGUUGUGAUUGCACGUUGAACAGGCUACCCAGUGUAUCCUCAGAAAAAGGGGAACCUAGGAGUUUUGAACUGACUGUAACAUAAAUUUUUGUUCUGUUGUUAGGUCCUGGACUUGCCUUUGUCGGUUACCCAGAAGCAAUUGCCCAGAUGCCUGUCAGUUCUAUGUGGGCUUUCCUGUUCUUUUUCAUGCUUCUUACGCUGGGGUUGGACAGUCAGGUAAUGAAAAAUCUUAUGCCGUUACAGAUUUCAGUACUGAUGGUGAGAGCAAGCUAAUGCAUCAAAUUAGACGAAUAUUUUAAUUGCUGAACUCUAUUAAAGUACCCUCUUAAGGUAGUAUCUCUAAACAUUGAAAGAGCAUAGCAAUAUUAAUUAUCUCUGAAAAUUCGAACCCGUACACCGUAUAGAUCCGAAGAAAUUCUGUUUUAAAAACUGGACGUCUUACAAAGAAUUUAUGUUUUAUUAACUUUUUUGCCAUCCAGCAAUUUUAAAGUUUUUGAAAGCUAUUAUUUACUUUAAGAAUUGUUUACGGAGACCUUAAAAUUGUUAUUUUAACUUUUGAGUUUGAUUUGUACAUACGGUGACGCCUGUUAUAACAAGUUAUUAGUAUUAUUUUUCGUAAUUGUUGAACAGUUGAUUUUGCCUUGCAAGUAGAAAAUUAUCUUAGGCGUGUAACCACAUCCUAUGACGAAUAAUAGAAUUGACUCGGUUUGUUUUUAUCAACCGUAGUGGUUUUGAUUGUAAUCGCUUUAUGCGCGGUAAAUAAUAAUUAAGGUAGAUAAUGUGGGAUAUGUUAAGGAAAUAGGUAUCACGCUCAUGUUUGAGAUCGCAAGAAAUAAUAGUGAGCCUUUGCCAAGUUCGGUUUGCGGCCGGACAUACGUAGUUAAGGCGUUUACUUGUGGUAACCAUAAAACUAGUGAGCAUUGUAAUUUUGAGUAGAACGUUUAGAACGAUUGUGAUGUACGAAUGAACCAACGAAAUAAAGCGAAAAAAAGUGAAAGAUACAGUCCUGAUUGUUUAUUGAACCAGCGGACGCGGAGAUAUUCCAAACGCAGUGGAAGAUUCCGCAACAACGCCCUCUAUGGGUCAACUCCGUCGAGCAAAAAGUGUAAACAAUGGCGUCAGCAAAGCUUCGUCCGUACGAUAAACUGCCUUCACCACUUCUGUCUGUAUUUUUAUUGAUGUUCUUUAUGCUAUUCAAACGUCAUUUCCCUAAUUUAACUAGCUUAUUGGUAUUGCUGAUUCAAGAUAAAUAUGGCAUCAGUCCUUAUUUUGGGAGCAAGGGUGGCGCAGUAGUGAGAGCAUUCGCCUCCCACCAAUGUGGCCAGGGUUCAAAUUACGUGCUACGACGCCAUGUGUGGGUUGACUUUGUUGUUGGUUCUCUCCUUUGCUCCGAGAGUUUUUUGUCUGGGAAUGGAUGACGAAGACCCACUUUGUAGUUGUGCUACCUCUAAAACGUUAUUUUGUUUGUUUAUUUAUUUAUUUACUCAUCCUGUCUGUUUAUAGUUUGCCAUGGUGGAGUGCGUGGUAACAGGCCUUUCAGAUGAGUACCCUAAAUACCUCAGACGUUACAAGCCUGUUUUCUUGAUUUCCGUCUGCGUUUUGAUGUUUCUUUUAGCCAUCCCCAUGUGUUCUCAGGUAGGAUUUGUUAACUAUUGUCUGUAAUUUGGGGUGCGUGUCUCUAGGCCAACACAAAGCUAGAUUUAUGAUCUCAGAUAGAAGAUCGUAAUAACUUGUUACAUGGACGAGCAAACCUAAGACUGUCAUUUUAUCCCGCAGCAUUCUCGAAUAAAUCUGUAUUGUACAGCGGUUUUCCGUGACUCACAUACUGAACUUGCAUCGCAUCCAGGACUUCUUAAAUGGAGAGAGCGAGCAAAAAAUGUCGUUACUGAGUGUAAGGACGGCCAUGAUAAAAGUGUCUAAAUUUUACAAGCCUCUUAAAAGCGGUAAGGCUAAACGUUAUUGUCUUCUUCUUCUUUUUUUUUUUUGUCAGGGGGGUAUGUACGUUUUCAACCUGUUCGACAUCCAGUCAGGUGGAAUUUCUCUUCUUUUUAUUGGAUUCUGUGAAGCAGCCGUCAUUGGUUGGGGAGUUGGUGAGUAUAUAUUUUCUUUGAAACCCAGAAACAAUUAAACGUGAAAACCAAAUUAUAAAUUGAUUUUUGAGGUUUAUUGUGUUGUAAGAAAACGGGUAAUGCGAUGUGGGAAAACUAAACCACAAACAGUUACAGCAGUAGGUUUAAUAAGCAGAAGACAGACGACUCAGCUUAAGAACGUGAAUGCACUUAAUAAGUGACUUUACCAUUUCCUUAUGACUGCUUUUAAAAGGUCUCCUACCAAUUACUGAUGGGAAGAUCUUUCUCGUUUUCUCCCUUACCUUACUUGACUGCUUGAAAACCGUAACUUCUUGUGACAGCCAACGUUCCUCCUAUAUUUUUUACAUGAGGGGGCCACCCUCCUUCCCUCCCGCGGGACGAGUACUGUUAGGAUAUGUUCACACUAUACCAGAUACGUCAUACGCCUACCCAGAAACCAUUGCGGAUAGGGCUUCUGUUUACACAUAAGAAACAAUGAUUUCGGCCCGAUUUCUGUAACGGAAGGAAGCGGCGCCGCGCCGAUCUUGAAAGUGGCUCGUCAUGAACAUAUCGAAUAGCUUUCUGUUACUCGUCCUCGCAGGGUGAACAGGUGUGAGCAGGAGCGAGGGUUGGAACCCACUUCUAGUAAGCGGGAGUAAAUAUUCAGGAGCGAGAAUUGUGAUUUAGUGUAUCAAGCCCUCUCGGCCAAUCGCUCUUCUAGGAUUCUUUGUGUAAAAGCGCCUUGUUUUAUUCCCGAAAAGCCAUCUGGUAUGUCUGGUAUAGUGUAGACAAUUAGCCUUAGUGGUAAGGGGUGAAGAUUUUCGGCCGUAAUAUUGCAGUGUUCAAGAGAGUCAAUAGAGGUAGCUUUUUACGUGACAUGUUAACAUCCAGCAUGAACUCAACAUUCAAACGCGUCUUGUAUUUCUAAUAUUUCAGGAACAGAGACACUCGCUGAAAUGAUCGAAAAGAUGAUUGGCCAUCGCCCCAACAUGUUUUUCCUCAUUUGUUGGAAAUAUGUAUCACCAAUCGCAACUCUGGUAUAGUUAUUUCAUUUUUAACAAGAUUAUCUUCGCCUUAUUUGCGACAUUACGGUCACUCCGUUCCAUUGGCACUUUCCUCCAAGUCAGAUAUUUCCGUGGCAGUAGAUACAAAGAAUGGGAAAUACUUGAGCACGAGACAUCGUUCGGUACUGAAAAGAUGUGGCAAAUGAUUUAACUUGGUUUUCUGACACUCGUUUAGUUAGAAAGACCCUAUUCUCUUUGUGGGAGGUAGCGCCGGCAUGCUGUUUUAACAAACCGAAUGAUCAGACUGCGCCGGGGGAGGGGGAAGGGAGGAAUAGGGAACAAAGUGAACUUGAAAUGCGGUCAAAGGUAUUCCGUCCGCAGGAAUCCACUAACUUGUUCCCGAGCUCCUAAGAUCCCUCGUCGUGUCGUGUUAUUUAUUUUAUUUACAAAAUCGCAUAUUUCCCCUUCGAAAACGGACGUUGUCUUUUGUAAUCGUCGGCUCGACUAGUGGUAGCCAAGCCUUUUAACGUGUAUAAGAUGUAGUACAUGAAAAAGUUUCUAAAUAGACUUAAGCUCUGUCGAAGUAUAGGCUCUGGCUGAUUUUACGUAAAGCGCUCGGGGGGAAAUGCAUUAUUUACGAAAGAUAGAAAUAUACUAGUUUUUCGAGCAGAUAAUUCUGGCAACUCAGGUGUUGAUAAAUUGUAACCUAGAGGGUCCAAAUGGUUACACGUAGCCCAUAAAGGCUUUUUUUAAGCCAAAAAUUUUGCUAUAAUUUAGCUGAAUAAUCGCUACAAUAUAAAAGAAGGCAAUGAUCUCAUUUUAACUCUUUCCUUUAUAGGUCAUCAUCUUAGCUAGUUUGGUUCAGUGGACUGGUAUAUCAUACGAUAACAAGCCGUAUCCUGCAUGGGCCGAGUUCUUCGGUUGGCUUCUUGCAAUUGCAUCUAUGAUAAUGAUUCCAACAUUUGCGAUUAUACAGUAUUUCUCUUCCAGCCAAGAAGGCUCAUUUGGUUCGGUGAGUGUUUUAUUUUCUCUGAUGGUUGAGCCUCCGUUUUACUUUAACCCGUGUGUGAUCUGUUUUCAGUAUUCGAACUGAGAUAUGAAUGUUUCGGUCAUCAGAUGGAGACGACCUUAUUUGGCAUGAAAUAGUUAAACUACUUAAACUACUCAUGCGGCGGGAUAAAUAAUUAAACUUAAUUUCGGUAGUGGGCAAAUACAAGAAAUGCAAGCAAGAGUGAAGUUGGGAUAAAGAGCGAGCAUUUUCGCUUCGCUUUAGCUCUGAACACCUGGAACAGGAUAUAACCUGGUGCAAUGAGCAAUCUAAACUAAUGAUCGCUGGCCUUCCUCCUUUUUUUUGCGGGGUGUUUCGUAGAUAAUUAAAAAAUACAAUAAUAAUAAUAAUAAUAAUAACAAAUAAAUAAAUAUUAUCAACCCUAUAUAGACCGGGCUUUUUUGCUUUCUUUGACCAGGGAGGGAGCUUCCGAGGCUCCCCUCUAUAUCUUCAUGAUAUCGUGAUACGGCCACGACAGAAUUAUGUACUCACCAUUUCCAACAUCUAGGUAUUACUUGAUUGACACAAUGAUGUAAUGUGAGGUCAUAAUGACGUCCUAUUGCUGAAUUUAUUGGCGGUAUCCAAGUUACUUCAAUUUCCCCCUCAAAGCGAAAACUACCUAGGUAUAAAUACUAGUAAAGUGUCUGACGAUAUCAAGAAGUUGACUAACACAUUAAUAAUAUCUAACAAUAGUAGUGAUGUCAUGAUGAAGUCAUUUAUUACUGAAGAAGGAUCUAGAAGUAUCCACCAUUAUCGAUAUCCGCCAUUUUGAAUUAAUUAAAUUAUUCCAUACUUUAAAAUGUUUCCAGAUAAUUCUUUAAAAAGGCCUAUCGGUCUAAGUAGGGUUAAAAAUAAAUACAUUUCGUCAGUGCUGAGGUAUAAUUUUCCUUUUUUUUGCAGAGGAUGAGGUCACUGCUACUUCCCGAUGAACACGUGAUGAAUGAGGUCAACGAAAGAGAGGGAGUUAGCAGAAAGGCUUUGGACAUUAAAUAAAACUUGCAAGGUAUAUUGAAUUCCUGUUUUCUCAGACUUAUCUUAACUGGAAUACUUUUUUCUUUGACAAAUAAAAGAGUGAUCAAAUUAACCCUCGAAUGUACAAGGGAGGGAGGGGGUGGGGCUGCCACCCCUGUCUGAGGUUUUUCUGAGUUUUUUCCUAGGCGAUAAAACAUCACGUUUGCACUAGCUGUUCGUUUUUCCCUCGCGCCCAAUUUGAGACAAGUUUUGUGAUGGACGGGUUACUAUGGCUGCAAAAUUUGACGUCAUAAGUAGCAGCUGGUCAAGAAGUAAAGUAAAACUUGCGCAUAAAAUGAUGCGAAGUACUUAUUUAUGGGUUAUUUUACAUAUCAAGCACAAAAAAUUACCAAUUGUAGCCGUUUUUAGCUGAUUUCUAAUUCUUGGUGAAAUCCAAGAUGGCGACCAUGUUUGGUAAUGUCACAGGCCUCCAGCAGCGCCACCACCCAUAAAAUAUAUUUCAUCAUGUUAAGACGAUCAAAGGCUUUCCACUGAACGCAAAUCGUUUCGAAAUAUUUCAACAUAUCAAAAACUCUAGGGAGGGGUUCCGUCAACCCCCUCUUGUACCACGGUGGGGGUAUGACUGCGUGUAUGUACGAGGGUUAAGUUCUUGUUAGGUUUUUCUCAAAGAGGUGCUUCCAUUUUGUGUGGUAGUCGAUCUUUCUUGUACACAAUAUUAAACCAUGAGAAACCCAUGCCUGGUAUUCAAGCGAGUAUGACAAUGUAUAAUCUUGUAUUAUACCAUGUUAUCGCCGGUUUUUAUAUUAUCUUUUUAUAUAAUUCUUUUUUUCGUCGUUCGAUAUCUUUUCUCUUUUUUUAGUAAAAAACUAGACUUAUCUCAAGACCAAAAUCAAACUGUCUUUUCCGUUAGUGUUUUAGGAAAUCACUAUUCAAUAGGCUUCCUGUUUUCCUCUUUUUCUCUUUUCAGCAACCAUUAUUUGACCGGUUUCCACGAAGAUUGACACUUAUCCUAGAGGCCUGGUCGAGAGACACGACUGCAGUUGUAUUAUAUGUAUUAAUGUGA